AACUGGUCUAUUUUUCUUUUGUAUGUAUGGCCCUCUUCAUAGUCUUAACUUUGAGUCCACCCAAAGGGAUGAGGAUUCCUUAUGUGGUAAUUUGUGUUUCAUGAUAGCCCUUUUAAAUCUUUCAGCUAAAUCUUCUUGCUUUAUUAGGUGAAUCUUAAAUCUAGGUGUUUUCUUCUUGUCUUGUUCCUUGUUCAUUAUUACUCCUGCUCUUCAGUUUCUAGAUUUAAUAGAUUUGUUUGGUACUUUUACACUGCAAUUAUUUCCUUCUGUUCUGUUCUUGUUUUCCCUCUUUUAGGACUUCACUCUGUAGUUCUCAGUGUGGAUUUCUUUGGUUCUUGAGAUACUUUGGAUUUCAUUGCACCUCAUUGACCUAUUGACUUUGAAAGUUAAGAUCUUUCUGCUUUGUGUAUAUAAAUAUGUUUGAUUUCUCUUCUGGUGUUGGAUUUCUGAACAUUUGCAUUACUUAAAUUAUGCUGUGAUAUAAUCCAACAGAAUUUCCCAUUUUUCUAACAUCUGGUUUGGGUUUCCAAGUGGUCAAGUGGCCAAGUGUCAGACUGUUAGUUCUCUUGUAUCUCUUGGCUUGUGACUGCCCACUCUCUUUAAUUUGGGUUCAUAUGGUUAUUAUAUCCAAUUAAUUGCCUGUAACUCAAUUUGGCAAAUUAUGAAAUUUGGAUCCACUUAGUGUUCUUGAUGUAUUUUUUCUAGUUUUCAUUUCUGCUAGUGGGAUUUGUGGGCAUUUGUUGUUCAUUAAUUUGGGUGUUGACUGUGUUGUAGAAACAAAUUUUCCUUUUUAUCUGCGUUGUGAGAUUACAAAAUAGUUUAGUUUAGCGGGAAGUACAGAUGUUAGGAUCAAGUAUGAACUGGAUCACCACAGUCAUUGGAUUUGCGAUGAGCGCCACAUUUAUUGUGUUCAUCUGUGCCAGACUGAUUUGUGGUAGAAUGCGACGGUUUGAGUCACCUCCAAUGUUUGAAAUUGACUCGAGGAUGAUUGAUCUUGAGCAGGCAGAGCAUCGGAUUAGUGGACUCGAACCGGUUGUGGUUGCUGCCAUCCCCACUAUAAAAUUCACUCGUGAGGCUUUUAGCUCUCUGGAAGACCCACAAUGCACAAUAUGCUUAGGAGAAUACCAGGAGAAAGAAGUACUAAGAAUCAUGCCGAAAUGUGGGCACAGUUUUCAUGUCUCUUGCAUUGAUUUAUGGCUUAGAAAGCAGUCUACUUGUCCUGUUUGUCGCCUGUCAGUUGAGGAUCCAUUCAAAACAAAAUUUGCAGCAGCAAUCACACCACCACUUGAAACUUCUCAAAGAACGCAAAUGCCAAAUUCCCCGAUUGAACAUUCUCAGCAAUGGCUCCUUCCAGUUGCUGAACCUUCUGAAGGUAAUAAUGAUAGUCGUAGCCAAACUGAAGUGGUUUCAGAGAAUCCACGACAUAUUCAUUAUGGAGAUGUUGAGACAAGAUUAUAACUGGAACUCCGAGAUAUUGUUCUGAGUGAAAAUAAGAUUACUUUCAUGGUACGCAAGGUCCUUACGCCCUGGAAAGAAGAGAUGGCAUAAUACCAAUUUACUGCCAUAAGGUCUGCACCGGACUACCUACCUUCUUAUCUAUAUCUUACUAUAAUUUUGAUUAAUCCUGUAUAUAGUUUGUAGUUUUAGUUUCAAAUUUUUACGUCCAUCAACCAAGUUCAUUUGGGAUUGUAUUCUAAUUAAAUUAAGUACAUUUUAAGCUUUCA